UCUCUUUAUGCUUUUUAAUUAAAAGCUAGUCUUGACUUUUCAUUCUGGAUAAUAUGAUAAUUUCGUUGUUUUGUCGGAUGAGAAACUCGAUAGAUGCUUACUAACUUUAAAAGUUGUCCUACGUGAAAGACUUUGUUAUUUCGGAAUAAAAAUAAUUGAUUAAGUAUAUCGCAUGAUAUUUACGUAAUCGAAUAUGCAAAUACAUCGAUCCAUGCUCUUUAUAAAUAAACCAAGAAGUCUCCCUCUCUUUAACUAAAACUCUCCACUGCUCUCUCUCUCUCUCUCUCUCUCUCUCUCUCUCUCUCUCUCUAGAUCUGUAGAUAAAAAAUACAAUUACAUAUAUACGGUGAGAGUGUGUGAUGAAGAUAAGGUAUUGGCAGAAGUCUAGAGGAUACGAAAGGCUUGAUGGUUCGGCGAAGAAAGCGAAAUCUGGUGGGAGAAAUGUGAAGCGAGUCAAGUUUGAUCGGACCAAGAAGAGACGGUUUUGGAGGAUCAAGAUAGUGCCGAAGCUGAGGGUCUUGAAAAAGGCGUCGCCUAAGAAGCUUUUAACGUGGCUUCGAGAUGCUUACGUCAAUAUGAUGCUGAGCUUCGCAAAUUCUCGGGUCAUUGAGUCGUCUUACGGGUUCGGUGAAUAUGGGUACGGGUCGGGGUUAGCGUCGAGGGAGUAUGAUGAGAAGAAACUGGUAGAGAUUUACAAAUCUAUGUUGAUGGCGCAGGGGUCUCUCGUACACCGCGACGUACCUAAACUUUCGGCUGAUUCUAUAAAACUUUCACCUCUUAUGUAAUUACAUCGAUUUAGUUGCACUAAAACAAAAUAUAUAUGGGGAUUAUCGAUGUUAAAGUUGUGAUUGUAAUCUGUGUUAAAGUUACAGUUCUGAAACUAUCAAAUACUAUAUUAAUCAAAUAAUAGUGGAUCCAACCUUUUAUAAAAUGGUUUGCAUUUAUGAGGUGUUGGCAUGGAGAAUAAUUUAGUGUAAUGUUUUCGAAUAAUAUAAGUAUUUGGUUGACUUUUGGUUUGCUUGACCAACUACAAUCGUAUCUUUACUUGUGGUUAUGAUU